CAAUUAAAUUUGGCAAUACCCUUAUUUUACAUAGUCAUUGGCUGUUUAUGCCACAAAUUUUUUGCUUAGAAAAAAUUUUUUUUUCUUGUUCAUUUCGUGCGGUUAAAAAUAUAAAGGGAAAGUAAGAUGGAAGUUUUAAUCCCCGAAAAGGAAGAUACAUUCGAUUUCAAAUUAAAAGAUGCUUCAUGUGCGUUGGAUGAGUUAGAUAUUGAUGAUCUCUAUGUGAAAUAUAAGAAAUUGCAAAAAACUUUGGAAUUUCUGGAGGUACAAGAAGAGUACAUUAAAGAUGAACAACGUAACCUUAAGAAAGAGUAUUUACACGCCCAAGAGGAAGUUAAACGUAUACAAUCUGUGCCCCUAGUUAUUGGUCAAUUUUUAGAAGCCGUUGAUCAAAAUACUGGUAUCGUGGGUUCUACCACUGGUUCUAAUUAUUAUGUGCGUAUUUUAUCCACCAUUGAUAGAGAAUUAUUGAAACCAUCGGCUUCGGUGGCUUUACACAAGCACAGUAAUGCUUUGGUUGAUGUUUUGCCUCCAGAGGCAGAUAGUUCAAUUUCCAUGCUGCAACCGGAUGAAAAACCCGACGUUAGUUACGCAGACAUUGGUGGCAUGGAUAUGCAAAAACAAGAAAUACGGGAAGCUGUUGAACUGCCUUUGACCCACUUUGAACUGUAUAAGCAAAUUGGUAUUGAUCCUCCUCGCGGUGUUCUCAUGUAUGGUCCACCUGGAUGUGGUAAGACUAUGUUAGCCAAGGCUGUGGCUCAUCAUACCACUGCUUCAUUUAUACGUGUGGUAGGAUCAGAGUUCGUGCAAAAAUAUCUUGGGGAAGGACCACGUAUGGUACGCGACGUUUUCCGUUUAGCCAAGGAAAAUGCUCCAGCAAUUAUAUUCAUUGAUGAAAUUGAUGCUAUUGCCACUAAACGUUUUGAUGCUCAGACUGGUGCCGAUCGUGAAGUCCAACGCAUUCUGCUGGAAUUGCUUAAUCAAAUGGAUGGUUUCGAUCAAACUACGAAUGUAAAAGUUAUUAUGGCCACCAACCGGGCCGACACUUUAGACCCAGCUCUAUUACGUCCUGGCCGUUUAGAUAGAAAAAUAGAAUUCCCGUUACCAGACAGGCGUCAAAAACGUUUGAUUUUCUCCACGAUCACGUCAAAAAUGAAUUUGAGCGAAGAUGUUGAUUUGGAAGAGUUUGUAGCGCGACCUGAUAAAAUAUCUGGUGCUGAUAUUAAUGCCAUUUGCCAAGAGGCUGGUAUGCAUGCCGUAAGAGAAAAUCGUUAUAUCGUGUUGUCCAAAGAUUUCGAAAAAGGUUAUAAAAAUAACAUAAAGAAAGAUGAACAAGAACAUGAAUUCUAUAAAUAAAUUACUGAAAUGACUAAAUUACUGUAUUAAAUAUGGAAUAUUACGCAAAUAAUUUCUAAUAUAUCCUUUUUUUUUUCAAUCUGAUUUGACACGAUAACAAAAAAAUUAUAGCGGAGUUUGGUAAAGAGCUAAAGUGGUUAAGUGGCGAAUGCAUGAAAGAUGAAUUAGUAACUUUGAAGAU